AUUCACAUCUGUUACAACACGCAAGUGUGCAAUCACAACAAUACAUUGGCUCUGAUAACAAUUAUAACAUCAUGUCAGUUCGGAGACGGUUUCUUGCUUAUUGGUCUUCCAUAAUUCACUGUUUCAAACUCCAUAACCCUCCCUCGCUGAACACACCAACGGUGUCGUCGCCUUCACCUCGUCCGAAGAAGUACGACGUCUUCCUCAGCUUCCGAGGAACGGACACUCGCAGAACCAUUGUCAGUCAUCUGCACAAAGCCCUCGUCGACAGUGGGAUCCUCACUUUCAAAGAUGACCAAGAGCUCGAAGAAGGGGAUCCGAUUUUCUACAAAAUCAUAGAAGCUAUUGCAGAAUCGAGACUCGCUAUCGUGGUUUUGUCCAAGGACUACGCCUCUUCGAGAUCCUGCCUGGAAGAGCUCCAAAUGAUAAUGGAGCUUCAUGGGGAAGAUGAACUGAAGGUGCUUCCCAUUUUCUACGAAGUUGAUCCCUCUGUCGUGAGACACCAAACAGGUAGUUACGCGGUUUCAUUGAAGCACUUUGAAAGACGUUCAACAAUGGCGGACAAGCUUCCCCAGUGGAGAGAAGCUCUCCACGGAAUCGCCAAUCUCAAAGGAAUUGAAUCUACAGCUUGUGUAACUGAUGCGGCGUUGAUUGAAAAAAUAGUUGGAGAAUACAUCCCAAGGGAGUAUGGUCGGGGCAUUAAGGAAGUAGAUUUGACCGAUAUAGUUGGAAUAGAAGCUCGCAUUGAAAGGAUAAGUCCUGAGUUGGCCAUCGACUCUGAGGAUGAGGUUCGAAUAAUUGGGAUUUGGGGUAUGGGAGGGAUUGGCAAAACUACCCUUGCAAACUGUCUAUAUAGCCGAUAUGCGCGUCAGUUUCCGGCUUAUUGUUUCAUGAAAGACAUUUUGAAGAUGUCUAAAGGUCCCCCGUGUUUAUUACCAAGAACGUUUCUUUCUUACAUCCUCCGUGGGGAGAAUACACAAUUGGUCGGCCGGGAACUUGCCCAAUUGACGAAGCGCAGGCUUCAAAACCUAAAAGCUUUUAUCGUCCUCGAUGGCGUGGAUAACGUGGAGCAGUUACUUGCCAUCGCAGAAGAACGUAGCUGGUUUUGUCCAGGGAGCCGAAUAAUCAUCACUACACGAGACAAGUCCCUUCUCCAGUCCUAUGGAGUGGAUCACAUAUAUGAAGUCAAGUGCUUGGAUGAUGAAGAUGCGCUAAAGAUGUUCAAACAUAUUGCUUUCGAAGGGGGUCGUCGUCCUUCUGAUGGUUAUGAACAGUUGUCAAUCCGUGUUGUUUCUCUUGUUCAAGGUCUCCCUUCUGCUCUUAGAAUUUUCGGGCACCGUCUGCGUAGGAAGUCUGCAAAGGAAUGGGAAAGGGAAUUGGGGACACUCGAAGAAGCUCCUCACCCGGAUAUCUUCGAGAUCUUGAAGGUUAGCUAUCAAGGCUUGGGUGAACGAGAUAGGAUUGCUUUCCUUCACGUUGCAUGUCUUUUCAAUGGAGACCUUGCCUGGCUUGUGGCCGCCCUUCUCGAUGAAACAUAUCAUGGCUCAGGUAUCAGAGCUUUAGAGGAGAAGUCGCUGAUCGACAUAUCGAAUGAUGGAUGUAUAUCCAUGCAUGCUUUGGUGGAACAAGCGGGAAGAGAGAUCGUGCGUGAGGAGUCCCGGGGCAGGCCUUGGAAACAAAGAGUUUUGUGGGAUCCUCUAGAAGUUUGGGACGUACUGGCACACACCAAAGGCACAGAUCAAAUUGAAGGCUUGGCACUGAAUAUUUGUAUGAUGUCUUGUCAACAGCUGUGUAUGGAAAAGACUGCUUUUAACCCGAUGUAUAAUCUCAAAUUCCUCAAGUUCUACAGGCGCGAGGGCAAUUUGAAGAUCGUUCCGACAAUGCGUUAUUUUCCCCGUACGCUUAGGCUGCUACAUUGGGAUGCAUAUCCUGUGUUCAACCUGUAUGCUUUGCCUUAUCUACCCUUUCUCAUUGAACUCAACCUGCGUUACAGCAAUCUCACAUGCUUCUGGGGUGCGAAGCCGGGACUUACGAAUUUACUGAGGCUGGAUGUGUCGGGGUCUAAAGAUCUGGAACGACUUCCAGAUCUUUCAGAUGCCGCUAAACUCAAGGUGUUGCUAACGAAAGGCUGCACGAGACUACAACUGCCGCCAAAGUCCAUCAGUGACUUACCUACUACUCUGACAGAACUCGAUCUCUCCAACUGCGAUAGACUUCGCGAUCUGGAGAUCAAUGUAAGUGCACUGGCUGCCUCUGAAGAACACAACAGGCGGAUUACAUUGAAGUUUCCAAAUUCAGCACGGGAACUCAAGUAUCUUGGGCGUGUAUCCAUCGAUGGAAACAUUGAUAUUACGUUACCCCCGCAACUUCAAGGAAAGGCAGAUCACCUCUCCUAUCAUACUGACCAACAUAUCCUUCAUAAAUUCACGGAUCUUAAACUGCUAACAUGUGACCGCGGACAAGAUUUUCACAAGUUUUCAUCUCUAACCAUCAUGAGGUUCAACUACCACGGGGUACAUGUUCCCUUCGAGUGUAAUAGCUUUUCAACAUUCCCCUUCUUGAGAGAGUUGAAUCUGAUCAACGUGCAUAUCAACGACCUUCCGGACAACAUCGGGAAGUUGCCAUUCCUAGAGAAACUGAAUCUAACUGGAAAUGAUUUCAAGAAACUGCCGGAAAGCAUGACAAACCUUACCAAGCUGAAACGACUCGUGCUUUGUAACUGCCGCAACCUUAGAUCGCUUCCAGAACUAUCUCGGUUGGACACUCUCACACUUUCCGACUGUACAAACCUCGAAGAACUGAUGAAUCAAGAGGAACACUGUUUGCUUGAGCUCGGACUUGAGAACUGCAUGAUGGUUCGAUCAUUAUCAGAUCAGCUUAGUCGUUUUACCAAUUUAACGCAGCUAGAUCUCAGCAGACAUGGUUUUGAGACAUUGCCUGGAAGCAUCAGGGAGUUUUCCACAUUGUCGACUCUGUAUCUCAGUAAUUGCCAGGGACUGAAAUCAGUAGCCGACCUCCCGUUGAGCCUCAAGCAUCUCUAUGCACAUGGCUGCGAGUCCCUGGAAACCGUUUCCCUAUCCCCGGGUCAUUCCAUAACGCACCUUGAUUUGAGCCGUUGCUUCCGCUUGAAGCAACAUGAACUCCUGAUCGCACAGUUUCUAACGAACCGACUAAAUGAAGAGGUAAAAACUUUCAGUUCUCAUCCAAUUUAUCAUAACGAAUUCACUUUCCGUUUUCUUUUACAGGCAUCACCAAUGUUUGCUUGCUUACCGGGAACUUCAGUGCCUGAAUUCUUCGAAGAUCAAGAAACCGAGAGAUCCAUAACAGUUAGCUUACCCGAGAUUUCCUCUGCCUCUGCAGUAAUGGGUUUUUCUGCUUGUGUCAUGCUUGCUUGCGAGAAUGUCGCCUUCCGUUGUUCAUCGUCUUCUUAUGACUGGACCUGGAAAGAUGAUUGCGUUCGAGUGAACCUCAAACCAGAUUUCUUUACUUUGCCUGAGAGAAUCCCGAGGAAUGAAGAAGGGGUCGAGACAUCAGAUCAUCACCUGUUUAUCUUCCAUGUCACAAGAAGCAUAACCGAAGAUCUUGACGAUGAGUUCAGUUUCGAAUCCAAUCUUCAGUAUCCAGAAGAGUUACCGCAUCCAUCCGGAAAGAUAGAAUCUUGCGGAGUUCGCCUAACUUUUUGAAGAUGACGACAAUUGACAGUGUGAACUGUUGGAUGUUGGAUGGUGGCUCAAGGUGACUGAGGGAGACAAAAUCGACGACGACGACAGGCGGUGCCGCCGGCGACGAACGAUACCGACGAAAAGGAUCUGUCAGGGAGAGAGAGAAAGAACGUGUUUUUUUUUAGAUUGGCUUCAUAUGAAUCUUUUAAUUUGGGGAUUUUAUUGGUUUUGAGUUUUUUUAAUCACUCUAUCGAUUUCAAGGCGGUUUAA